UAAAACGGGGAGCGGGUUUGUUUUGUUUGUGGCAACCAUUCUUUCCUUGUGAACGAAGGGAAUACUAGCUGAAAAUACAACCUUGUCGACUGAAAAUGUCUAAAUUACAGUUGUUGCAUGUGUUUUUGAAUGAACGUUUAACGGCGGCUGCUGUGGAGAUUUUCGGAGCAGUUGAGAAAACGGUAACGGAAUACCAGGAGGAGAAUUGUCGUCUACGGAGACUACUGCGGAUAACACCGGACAUAAAACAAUACUCCUUGCAGCUCUCUCUCGCUGUUUCUGAAGAGAAUGUUCCCCUUGAGCAGCAACACUUUGAGCAGGAGUGGAGGCCCAGUCUGGGGCAGGAGGACCCAGAGCCCACACAGAUUAAACAAGAACAUCAGGAACUCAAGGCCAGUAAGGAGGAAGAGCAGCUUCAAGGGCAGGAAGCUGAAAUCAUCGAGUUCAAAUUACCUCAUCUUUAUUUGAAAAGUGAUUGKGAUCAGGAAAACCCUCUUCAUUCCUUGACUCUUCCCCAAACCCAGACGGUGGAGAACAGAGACAGUGCCACUAAACCAGUGAAUCUCACACCUUUUGUCACUGUUACCCACCUGAAGAGUCUUGACAUUCCCUGUGACCCUCCAGAUAAUCAAAACAAUGUCUACAGCCACAGCUCAGCUGUAAGCAGUGACCCAGUAGGACUUGACAGCAGCCCACCAUUGGAUCCCAACCCAUCAAUGGGGGAACACUGUUCCAAACCCAGCACCACGUCUAGAAAAACUCACCAUUGCUGUGACUGUGGUGAAACGUUUGCUCUGAAAGCUGACCUGCAGGGGCAUGUGACUCUCGCUAAGAAGAGACCCAGCGAAUGCCACCUCUGCCAAAAACGCUACAACUCCACCUGUAAAUUGAAGGCCCAUGUCAGACUCUGUCAUGUGGAGAAACCCUCCACCUGCCCCUUUUGUGGAAAGACCUUCAAACUCAAAGGAGAUCUGUCCAGACAUAUGAGGAUUCACACAGGAGAGAAACCAUUUAGCUGUGGAGACUGUGGUAAGAGUUUCAAUCAGAAGGGACACCUAACUGAACAUAUAAGGACUCACACAGGAGAGAAACCCUUURGCUGUGGUGACUGUGGGAAAAGUUUCAUUCAGAAGGGGGACCUAAGGAGGCAUGURCUGACUCACACMGGAGAGAAACCAUUUAGCUGUGGUGACUGUGGGAAAAGCUUCAAUCGGAARGGGAACCUGAACUUGCACAUACUGACUCACACAGGAGAGAACGUYCACAAAUAAAGAAACAAGUAAA